AACAUGCCAACAUCUAAAUUUAUCACUAACGGAGAGGAGCAUCAGACGCGGCAAGGAUUGGGAGCCGAAGGCUCGAUUCCGUUCGAUUCGCGAAUUAUAGCGAUACUCGAGAUAAACAAAUGAAAGAGGAACAGAAAUUUGGUUACGAUGAUCGUUUGACCCGAUUCGAAUUAGGAACGAGGUUAAGCGAAGCCGUAGAAAAUAAAGAUGCCUCAAAUCAGAAAAGGGAACAGAAUACCUAACGCGACCUUGUACGAGGCUCAACCAGAAAAUCGAAUCAAUAUUUUGGAUCUCGUGGGGAAUAAGAAGGCCAUCAUCUUUGGUGUACCCGGUGCUUAUGUUCCCGGAUGCUCCAGGGUUCAUUUAAGAGGAUUUAUUGAAAAGUCGACAGAUUUGAGGUUUCUGGGCUUUCAGGAAAUAAUCUGUGUGUCUGUAAACGACCCAUUCGUGCUUUCUGCUUGGGGAAAUGCCAAAGGAGCUAACGAUAAGGUAAGAAUGUUGGCAGAUCCAAUGGCAUCGUAUACCAAGGCAAUUGGAAUGGACACUGAUAUUCCAGAACUAGGAGGAAUAAGAAGUAGAAGGUAUUCCAUGGCAAUCGUGAACGGUGUUGUCAAAGAAUUAUUUAUAGACGCGCCUAAUGUGAAACUCGUCUGUUUACAUUCGGACGGAGUUCCAACUUAUUGCACCUGAUUAUCUUAUCAAUUAGAAAUAAACAUUCUCUGUUAUGCUGAUGUUG